CAGUCAGUAGACCGAAUGCGCGCGCUUACACGCUAUAUGUGCUAUAUGGCAUCCUUGGGACGUCCCUUAACUGAUUGAAGUUGACAUUUAAAAUGGUUAAGGCAAUGGUUAGGGUUAGGUUAUGUUUAUGGUUUGGGUAAGGACGUCCAAAGGAUCCCGGAUAGCAGCAGGCAGCCAACCGUUCCAGCAGCUCUCCCGCACAGAUGCGCGAGCCAACUUGUCAGUUGGUCUCAUUUCGGAGGGGAACGGAGCGGUUCGAUCCGAGCGGUAUGAGGAACCACUGACGGUGGAAACGAUGAUAAUCACGAAAUCUUCCCCGGACAGAAGGACUUAACCUGCAGUCCCACUGCUCACCCUUCCCGUUUUAUUUCCACCUCUAGAGAUACGGACCUAACGUUAGCGAAAUUUCUGUACCAUCUCCAUUGUAGACUAUCUCUCCCUUUGAUCUUUUUUUAAACCCCGUACAUUAAGGUUAGAGUGUCUUGACACGAUGUGGAAAACCGGGCUCCUUCUCCUCUUUUGGGGACUAUUAACAUCCAGUGAACUCCAGCAAGAAGCAACGGAGCCGGAGCCCCGAAAUCAACCACCGUCGGGAAAGUUGGAUUUUGGCUAUGUGCCCCAGGGAGAUUACAAAACCCUCGCCUAUUACGAACCUGGAGUAAUAGGGAUACUGUUCCACAUGGUGCACGCUUUUCUAUACGUCGUGCAGCCCAACCCUUUCCCUGAAGAUCUCGUCGUCAAAGUCGCCAAGGAUAAAUUUGGAGCCAUUCAGUCGGAGUAUCAGAAGCCAGAGAACAUUGUGCUGACGCUCCAGGCCAUCUACUAUGAGACAGGCUUCAUGGUGUGUGCCGUCCUCGGCCUGCUCUUCAUUGUCCUACUGCCCCUGGUUGGCCUCUUCUUCUGCCUGUGCCGCUGCUGCGAAAACUGUGGCGGCGAGAUGCACCAGCGCCAGCGGAAGAACGCUGACUGCCAGCGGGGCCUGCUCACCACACUGCUCUUCGCCACCUCGCUCAUCAUCACGGCUGGAGUACUGUGUGCGUAUGCAGCUAACCAGAACCUGAGCUCCCAGCUGGAAGGCAUGAAAAGACUGGUUAGCAGCAACCUGGAGGACCUGCAGACCUUUGCCAAUGAGACGCCAACGCAAAUUGAUUACCUAAUAGCACAAUACGCCACUGCCAAGUACACAGUCAUUUCUGACCUAGAUAAUGUGGGUCCUCUGCUUGGAGGGAAUAUUCAUGUGGAAUUGGGCACAGAGGUGCAUCCUGCACUGGACGGGGUGCUCCGUAUGGCUGGAGCCAUGCGGGAGACCAAGGAGGCCCUGGAGAACGUGAGUGUGUCUCUGGAGGUUCUCCAGGAGGCGACAGGGAAGCUCCACUUCAACCUGAGCCUGGUGCGCUCUAGCCUGAACAGAACCCUCAAUGAUCCGGGUUGCAGCGGCGAGGACUCGGAUGCCACCACCACCCAGCUCUGCCGCUCCAUCCACAGCUCCCUGGCACAGCUCCACGUCAGCGCCAACUUCACCCGGUUACCUGAUGUGAACAAUCAGCUGGAAAGUGUGAAUCAGGUGCUGAAAACGGACCUCAGCGAUAUCAUUCAAAAGGGCUUCUCCUCAUUCAAUGACACUCCAGGCAUGGUGAGUGACCAGAUGAGGGACGUAGUCGAGGGAGCCCGGGGCCUGUUGGACGUAAUCAGCACCAACAUCAGCAGCUUCUCCAAGGUGUUCCCUGUACACAGCUCUCUGGCCAACUUCACCAACUUCAUCAUUCACACACAGUCCAAGAUAGAAGACUCGUACCCUGAGAUCGAUCAGAUAGACUUCUACAGGUGGAUUUGCUGUACUGGCCUCUGCUGCAUGGUGGUUCUCAUCCUGGCCUUCAACUUCCUGGCCAUACUGUGUGGCACCAUGGGAUAUGACAAGCACGCCUCCCCCACCACACGGGGCUGUGUCUCCAACACCGGCGGCACCCUUCUCAUGGCCGGUGUGGGUUUCAGCUUCCUCUUUUCUUGGAUACUGAUGGGAGUGGUGACCGCCACCUUCCUGGUCGGAGGCAACGUGGAGAAGCUGGUCUGUGAACCCUUCCACACCAAGGAGCUCUUCAAGGUUUUGGACACUCCUCACCUGGUGAACCCUGAGUGGAGGAACUUCAUCCCAGGGUAUAUGUACAACGACUCAGACCUGGAUCUGACAGUGGAGAAUUUCUACAGUAAUUGCAAAAAUAACAGAAGUCUCUACUCCGCCAUGCGCCUGGAUAAAGUCUUCAAUGUCACAACCUUGCUAAACUCCAGCCUGUACACCAAGGAAGUGGCGAAGAUGUUUGACAGUGUGAAGAUUGACCUGAGAGGUAUCGUCCUGCUGGAGUCUGAGGGGAAACAGAGCCUCAUUGACUUCUCUGAGACUGGCAUCGCGGAGAUCAACUAUGCAGCAUAUCUGGCGGAGGUCAACAAAGGGGUGACUCUGGUGGACUUACUGUCGUACGCCAAUGAGCUUGAGGCACAGACGGACCUUAUGCCCAAAGGGCCCCUCCAGACCUCUCUGAAGGGCCACACCAACAGUCUCCGUCAGAUCCACAGUCAGCUGGUCAUCCCUAUGGAGCAGGCCAUGAGUACGCUGAAUCAGAGCAUCAGACUACUCGAAAGGACUGCCUCAGAUCUGCCGAACAAAAUCACUGAUGUGCUGAAGACCAUCGAAGCGGCCCAGUAUCUCAUCUCCCAGAAUGCAACACAUGUCGCCAUCCAGGAAACAGAAAAGUACAAGCAAACCAUUGUUGGUUACUUCAGGCAAUACAUAGAGUGGGUCAGGACCUCCCUGACCAUGGAGGUAGCAGCCUGCAAACCCUUCAGCAACAUUGUGGACACAGUGGAGAUCGUAGCCUGCAGCUUCUUGGUCGACUCGUUGAACACAUUCUGGUUUGGCCUAGGCUGCUGCGCCCUGUUCCUCCUUCCUAGCAUCAUCCUGUCAGUAAAACUGGCAAAGUUUUACCGUAGAAUGGACACAGAGGAUGUUUACGAUGAUUCAUCUGUUUCUGGAACUUGGCAUUUUACUUUGUGAUAACCAUUCCUACUAUUUCCAUAUUCUUCAUCCUUAUUUUUCAUUUAAUUUCUCUCUGUCAAGCACUUUGCACUGUAAGAAAACAAACAGCGUAUUAAGAGUUGUGGAAUGCUAUUCAUGUCGUUUUAUGCAUCCUUCAGUCGCCCUCGCCUCGCCCAGGCACUUACAGUAGUGAAUUAAUGCCAUAGACAAGUCACCAAGUGUCUUGAUCAAUGACGUGUAUCGAUGUCACCUGAUCAGUACUAUUGUGCCCAAAACCUUCUAGUGCAUUUCAUUAACAUUUUUGCUUUUUUGUAUCUUUGUAGCAUUGAGACAAUUCCCAUGAAAACGUAAGAUUCAUUUUACCCAUUUUACCUCUCCUUUCUCCUUCCAGUAUAUCUCAUUGGUACAUCUGUGCUUUUCUGUUGAUUUUGUACAUAGAUCUCAUGGUGCUGGUUUUACAUUUUUAGCUAUGAAAUGCAUCUCUUGGUGGAUCAUUUUGGAUUUCCUUUGUGUGCUAUCUUGAAGAAAUUACCCUUGUUGAUCAUUAAGGGCUCUUACAACCACUAUCUUACAAAAGCAAAAUUCCACCUCUGUUUUUGUAAGUUAAGAUGUAAGAUAAAAUGCUGUGGUUUAUACGUUCACAACUUUCUAUAUGGAAACAUUUGUCUAGAAUCCUAUUCCUAUUUAGAGAAAAGCCUUUUAUUGCCGAGGGUUGAUAGCAUGCCAUGUCUCUUACCUCAUGUUUUUUUUUAUGCAAUGUUUUGUUUCAGUAUGGAAAUUGGUAAUAAUGGUUAUCAUAAUGAGUGUUUACAAGGUAUCCAAAACCCUGUAAUGACAAGGUAAACUAAAUAUAAAGCAGGCCUACGGAAAUAAUCAAUUUGCAUGGCAUGUUUCAGGGAGGGAUGGGGGCAGGGGCGGCAUGUUGGCCUGGGGGCAGUCAGUCACUCAGUGAGAUGGUUAAAUAAGGUGGAUGGGACACUGCAUGUCCUAGGGGUUUGGCUAGCCCCUCAGACACAUCUGGAGGUCAGCUGGACUCUCUGCUUUGUUGCGGAUCCAGCAUUGGGAGGUUGUGAGCAAGGUAGCUAGGCCACUGUUUACGGCUUGUGUGUUUUGGGUUCGGCAUGACCUUUGGAGCAUUACUAACUUACCCACUGCAUGCUCUGUGCACUUGAUCAAGUGACAUAAAAUUCCCUGCAUGUCUUGUCUUCUUUAGAAUUGGGAAAACUGCUGUGAAUGUACAUGUGAUCCUUUUGCUCAAAGAGAGGCUAAAAGAGAGGCAAGCAUGUCUGCUUUGGUGUGGUACUGAGACAACUGCUCAUGUGACUAACUUCUUCUAACAACCUCUAACGGCAUGGUUUUCAUUGAAAUGUACAAAAGACAUCUCUGGAUAGCCAACAUGUUUAAACUAUAACAGUGUCCAGACACAGAGAGCAUCUCCACAGAAUGACUGAAAGGGGAAAAGAACAAUAACCAACCUGCCACCUAGGGUUUGUCAUAUUACAACCAACCCAAUAAUCAGCAGUUCACCAUGGUUGGCUUGUCUUAUUACAACCGACCCAAUAAUCAGCAAUUCACCAUGUUUGGCUUGUCUUAUUACAACCAACUCAAUAAUCACCAAUUCACCAUGGUUGUCUUGUCUUAUUACAACCGACCCAAUAAUCAGCAAUUCACCAUGUUUGGCUUGUCUUAUUACAACCAACUCAAUAAUCACCAAUUCACCAUGGAUGUCUUGUCUUAUUACAAUUGACCCAUUAAUCAGCAAUUCACCAUGGUUGUCUUGUCUUAUUACAACCGACCCAUUAAUCAGCAAUUCACCAUGGUUGGCUUGUCUCAAAGUCAAUAGACAUUUUUUGGAUAGAGUGGUUAUUAUUCCUCCAGUUCAGUGCACAUGCAGCAUGUGUAUGGUGACUGCAUGCAUCAUGCCAUCCCUGGUUGGCCUCAAGCCCUCAGCAAGUGUCAAUGGAGUGGUUCUGCUUUCUGUGUCUUGGGAAAUGCCUGCCCCGUUGCUCUCGUCAAGUGAAGGACCUGGAAGCGAGAGGCAGGGUCUUACAAAAUGGUCGACCCUCAAAUGUUCCCUGUUCCUGCCAUUGAUGUUGUCCCCCAUCUCUGUACCCCUGUGCCUCUAGCAUCCCUGCCUAUGACACUAUGACUAGGUUCCCAAGGGCUUCAGCUCCCCCUAGGCAUAUCGACUGGUGAGAGAAGGCCAGGCUUUUUGACCGGCUCCAGAAAGGGUCAUCGGAAACUGGAACUGAAACACUAGAUUGACCCCAUCCACUUCCCACCCCUUGAACAAGACAAAGCUCAGAAAAUAUGUCCUUACUGGCAGAAGAAGCCCCUAACAAGAAGCUGAUGUCUUUUGUAUGUGUUCACCUGGCCCUCUCUUCCUCUAUCUCCAUGGAUCUAUUUACUGACAACAUCCUCCUGCCCAGUCACAACCUCUUCUGGAUAUCCAGUGUCCAAUAGGACCCCCUCAGACACUACACAAGGUGUUGUCAUCAACUCUUCCUUUGAUUUUCCCUGGGGAACAAUAAGGAAGGUGUACAUCUGAGACAGUGUCGGUUGACCUUCAUCCUUCACCACACACAUAUGUCUGUUGUGCCUGUGUUUACAUUAGUCUGAGCCGAGGCUGAGUUCAAACUGCAGACACAACAACAAUUCAGAGGGCUGUGUACUCUCAAACCUUUUGUACUUCUUCUGUGUUUUGUAAAAAGCAGCUGAAAAGGUAUUUUGAAGGUCAUGUAGAGCUGUUACAAGAACAUUUCCAUUUCUUGUCAUAGUUGAAUGAUGUUUUACUAACUGAUUGGGAGAGAUGUUUGAAACACAACCUCUGUGUGGAAAAAGACUUGAAGGUCGUGGAUCGUAGGCCUAUAUGUUUGUGCUUGAAUAAUAUAAGGACAAUUACAAAAUAGCAUGACUUUUGUAUGUUUGCAACAUUAGAAGACAGACAGAGGUUGUUAUGAUUGCUGAGGCAUACUGACAGAUGACUGUUAGACCUGUUUAACCAUAGAAUUUUGACUGAUGACCACCAUAUUUGUAAGAUAUGAGGAAAUAUCUCAUAUCAGUGCAUAACAGGUGGAAUAUCACAUGAACCUGAACAGAAAUGUCAGGAGACUAUAACAUUCCUUAGUUCGUUAAUUUAUUAACAAUAAUGCAAAGUAUCAUGUAGAGUAAACUAACACGGCAUGUUAAUCAAGAUAUUUUUUGGGCUAUUGUAGUGGUCAAACCUUAAAGUGGAGAACUGCUAUUUGAAGCCAAAUUCUAUUCUUACUGUAGGUCUCAGGUCUUUAGUUGUUUAACAGUUAUGCAUAGUAUAUUGUUUCAAUAUUAUACUUUUUUUAUCCCACAAUAGCUAUUGGUACCUAUGGAACUACAGAAGGGUAAAUGUAUUGAAGAGUUGUUUGUAUAUAAGAGAUGUAUUGCUUAAAGUGAACGAUGACACCCGGAUGGAUUAUGCUGAAAAACAUUAACGUGCUGUACAUGCCACCCCGAUAAUAUCACCCAUCUGUUCUCACUUUCUUUACAGGUUAUGUUCCUUCUCCACCACUGUCUGCUUCGUAAAGAUGGGGGUCAUUAGCCUACUUAACUACCAUGUGCUGUCAAUCAAAUGGCAUUAAGCCAGUAGAGGUUUGUUGAUGAGAGGAGUGAGGACUUCUUAAUGGUUUGCAUAACUGAUCUUGCCCAUUGCGUCUCGGACAGAAGCUUCACUUCCCAAUAACUAUUACUUAAGUACAUGCCUGCAGACUGCUACCUGUGUAUGCUUAUUACAUCACACGCUAUUUUACUGAGUGCUUAAGACAGACAUUUUGUAUGCACCAUCUGGUUAGAUAGUGGGUGCAAUGUUUACUGGUUGUUUUAAGGGUAAAACGGUAAUGUUGGCACUGCUGGUGCCCAUUGGAAAUGAGUGCCCAUGAUGAAAAUCUGAAAGUGUAUAAAUUGUGAAUAAAACAUUCCAUUUCAUUCUUGUA